UGACCGCGGACUACUUGUGCUACUAUGGCGAGCCAACCCUUCGCCAUUGGAAGGAGCCAAACGACGUAGUCAUGACUAGUGAAUAUUCAAGUCAGCAGUCUUCGCGCAGUAUGGUUGGCAUUUUGGCUGUUUGUGUGUUAUUUGUGUUAAUGUGUGUUAUUAAUGGAGCGUCGUGAGAAAGCCGUCAUGAGAAAGAGAACGCGCUGCGAGAGCACAGCAUCAGUACCACAGUUCACCAACUCGCCCACCAUGAUUGUGAUGGUUGGUCUGCCUGCCCGUGGAAAGACCUACAUCUCGAAGAAACUCACACGCUACCUCAACUGGAUUGGAGUUCCCACCAGGGUGUUUAACGUUGGACAGUACCGCAGAGAUGCUGUACGCACCUACAAGAGUUUUGAAUUCUUCUGUCCAGACAACGAAGAGGCCAUGAAAAUUCGCAAAGCUUGUGCUCUGGCGGCGUUGAAGGACGUCUUUUGUUACUUCACUCAGGAUCAUGGACAAGUGGCAGUGUUCGAUGCGACCAACACAACAAGAGAACGUAGAGAGGUGAUCCUCACCUUUGCUAAAGAGAACGGCUAUAAAGUGUUUUUUGUUGAGUCUCUUUGUGAUGACCCAGAAAUCAUUGCAGAAAACAUCAAGCAAGUGAAGCUGAGCAGUCCUGAUUAUGUUAACUGUGAUAAAGAGGAGGCUGUGACUGACUUCCUCAAGAGAAUAGACUGCUACAAACUCACAUACGUUCCUUUAGAUGAUGACAAAGACAGGAACCUGUCAUACAUUAAGAUCUUUAAUGUGGGCAGUAGGUACCUGGUUAAUCAGGUUCAAGAUCAUAUUCAGAGCAGGAUCGUCUACUAUCUGAUGAAUAUCCAUGUCACACCUCGGACUAUCUACCUCUGUCGUCAUGGAGAGAGUGAACUUAACCUUUUGGGGCGUAUCGGAGGUGAUUCCGGCCUCUCGGCACGAGGAAUAAAGUUUGCUGCAGCUCUAGGCACAUACAUCAGGGGUCAGUGCAUCCUGGAUUUGAAGAUCUGGACCAGUCACAUGAGGAGAACGAUCCAGACCGCAGAGGCAAUUGGAGUGCCUUAUGAACAGUGGAAAGCACUGAACGAAAUUGAUGCUGGUGUGUGUGAGGAGAUGACUUACGAAGAGAUUCAAGAUCACUUUCCUGAGGAGUUUGCUCUCAGAGACCAAGACAAAUACCGGUACCGCUAUCCAAAGGGUGAAUCCUAUGAGGAUCUGGUUCAGCGUUUAGAGCCUGUAAUCAUGGAGCUUGAGCGGCAGGAGAAUGUUCUGGUCAUAUGUCAUCAGGCUGUCAUGCGCUGUCUGCUGGCCUACUUCCUAGACAAAACCUCAGAUGAGCUGCCUUAUCUGAAGUGUCCUCUGCAUACGGUGAUGAAACUCACUCCUGUUGCCUAUGGCUGUGAAGUUGAGUCCAUUUUCCUGAAUGUUGAAGCAGUAAACACACACAGAGACAGACCUAUGAAUGUGGAUGUGGACAGAGAUCCAGAGGAUGCUUUACUGACUGUACCAGAACACAGCUAGACAAGACCACAAGAAAUACACCAGUUCAGUUCUCUAAAUGAUUUCAUAUAUUUUCCUUAUUUGUAGGGCCUUCUGACCUAUAUUUUUGUAAUAUUUACAGUAAUUUUGGGGCGAGUGGCGUUAUUCACUGUCAAGGGUGUCACUCAGAUCUUGUGUCAGAUAUUGUAUAAAAUUACAUGUUAAAGUGAACCAGAAAUGCCAACUACUUUUAAUUCAGUUAAAUAGAUUUAUACAUUCUUGUCAUGAAAAUGUGUAAGUUAUGGAAGGUGUAUGUGUAAAAAGAUUAGAAGGUCUAAUUGUGUCAUUUAUGGUAAUAAUCUUUUGAAGCUAAACAUUUAAUAAUCAUUUAUUAAAAGAUCAUUCAAAAAUAA